AUGAGCCUAUCCAUCACCAAACCCUUUCUUGUAUCUAAUUCGGAGUUGUUUAACUUUGUUAUUGUGCUAGAGAAGAACAAGGAUAAGUUGCCACCAUUUGCAAUUGGAGAAGGUGAAAAAGAUUGUAAUUUAUUCAGUGGAAAAUGGGUUUGGGAUGAGUCAAGUAGGCCUUUAUAUGAGGAAUCAGAAUGUCCAUAUUUACUUCCUCAGGUGACUUGUCAAGAACAAGGCAGGCCCGACAAGGACUAUCUCUAUUGGAGAUGGCAACCUAGUAAUUGUCUUAUUCCCAGAUUCAAUGCAUCACUGAUGCUGGAAAGUCUUCGAGGGAAGAGGAUGAUGUUUGUAGGUGAUUCCUUAAAUAGAGGCCAAUUCUAUUCCAUGGUAUGUCUCCUCCAUAAAGUCAUACCAAACGAGGCAAAAUCCCUACAUAAAGUAGAUUCAUUUACCAUCUUCACAGCAAAGGAUUAUAAUGCAACAAUUGAAUUCUACUGGGCACCAUUCCUCCUAGAAUCAAACGCAGAUCAUCCUGGUAAACAUAGGGUAUCUGAUCGAAUUGUUCGAAAAGAUUCGAUAGAUACACAUGGAAAACAUUGGAAAGGAGUCGAUAUUAUGGUGUUCAAUACAUAUAUUUGGUGGAUGAGUGGCCGUACAUUCAAGAUUCUGAAUGGGACAUUUGAUGAUAGUGUAAAAGACAUAGCAUAUGUGCCAACUGACAAUGCUUAUCGUAUGGGGAUGGAGAAUUUAUUGAGAUGGAUAGAGCAGAAUGUGGAUCCAAAAAGACAUAGGGUCUUUUUUACUAGCAUGUCACCUUCUCAUGCAUGGAGCAAAGAGUGGGGAGGUGAACCCAAUCAGAACUGUUACAAUGAAACAAAAAUGAUAGAGGAUCCAAAUUACUGGGGAUCAGAUAGUAGAAAAAGCAUAAUGCAAGUGAUUGGAGUAACUUUCAGUAAAUCAAAAGUGUCAAUCUCACUGCUCAACAUUACACAGCUCUCAAGUUAUAGAAAAGAUGCACAUACAACAAUUUACAAGAAGCAAUGGAAUAAAUUAACCCCACAACAAUUAGCUAAUCCAUUCAGCUAUGCUGAUUGUGUUCAUUGGUGCUUGCCUGGCCUUCAAGAUACUUGGAAUGAGCUUUUAUUCACAAAGCUUUUUUAUCCUUGA